UCGCGAACACGUAACAAACAAUAUACUCGACACGGUAUACUACUGUGUAUUACUACGUUAUCCAAGUUAAUCUUAAGCUCGCUUCGUAUUGUAGUAUUUUGAGAAUUUGAAUUUGUUUCUUUUCAAAAUUUUUGUUCUUAACAGAUUGAUAUUUGUUAGAAUUUGAAAAAUGUCCCUUGCAGAACAAUCAGUUUCAGAACAUGAAGUUAUUGUACCACCUAAUUUGCCACUAAUUUUAAAGGAAUUUUGUAAAGCGGCUAUUCGAACUCAACCGUACGAUUUACUUUUAUGGUCCAGUUCGUAUUUUCGAGCAUUGGCCGAUGGAGAAGAACCACCUACGAAAUUAAGAUUGGAAUAUCCACCACCGAAUACAGCUUCCGGUUUGACUCUUGGUUUCCUGAGAAUUUUACUUCGACAAUUUGGAGAUUAUAAUAAAUUUUUACCUGUGGAAACGAUUUUAAGACGAUGGGACUGCUUGUGCUUGGAUCGUCGGGAUUUAAAUUUGAUUUUAAUGAUAGGAAAAUUUCGACGAAAAUGUCAAGUAAAAAAAUUUUUGGCAAUCGCCGUUGGACUUUUAAGUUCAAGUCUCUUUGAAACAAUGCUUAUGAUUUGUGAAUUGUUCACUCAUGAACCUGAAGGUGGAUCUGCUAUGGUUCCUGUUACAUUUUUUUUGGAGAUAUAUGGAUAUCUAGCGGGACUUCGUUGUGAUGGAACUGAAAGAGAUUCUGCCGAUGAAGAUCCAACAGAAUUUAUUAUAUGGGAUUCUGAAUAUUUAGGAAUUCAAGAAAAAAACAAGGAAAAGUUUUUUAUAGAUCGUGCUUGUUCAGUUACGAGCCAAGAUACUGAAGCUGACGUGAAUUUAGAUUUGGAAUUAGUAUCAAGAGAAGAUAUUGAUUCUUCAAGAACUGACAUAACACCACAAUUGAGCGAUAAUUAUAUUAAUUACAAAAAAACAAUUGAAGAUGAAAUAAAACAAGACUUGUAUAGUAAGAGAUCAUUAAGAAUGGAACCUGAGACUUUUGUUAAUGAUGCUGAAUCAAGCAAAAAAAUAGAUUUUAAUGAUGGACAGAAAUUAAAUAAAUGUGAAAAUGUAUCUGCGAAGAAUGCAACUAAUAGCAGUACAUCAGAAGAGAGUUAUAGUAAGAAACAUAGUAUACGAAGUACAGAAGAUAGAAAUGCAAGCGAAAAAAGGAAAAAGAAGGCUUUAGAUCCAAAAAUACUCAAGUACUAUCCCAAUGUUCCUGGUAUUGGACCUCGGCUAUCAGCUGAAGAAGUAGCUAGCGUUGCAAUAUGGUUGAGUGAAUGCGCAAAAAUACAGGAAGGUAUGGUUGGCCCGCGAAAUCUUCGACAUAUGAAUUGUCCUCCUUUAGAUAGGCAACAGACAUCGGACUCAUAAUAAAAUGUAAUAUGAUAUAAUUAAUAUGAAUUUGCAAAAGUUUUUAAAUAUUAAACAUAGAACACAAAUGAAUGCAAUAAUUACAAACACAUCUUAUUUUAUAAAUUAGUUUAUAUUUUAAUUUUAAUAAUUAUUGGAUUAGAAGAUAUUUAUAGUUUGAAUGAAUAUUCUUAUAUAUUCAUUUUUUUUAUCAAUGAAUAUUGAAUGUUAGAAAAGUAGUUAUAUAAAUAGAAAAAUAUAGAAAAAUAAGAAAUAUAUUCAUUUUA